AUGGCACUGCCUGUGUGUGCAGCCCCGGCGCUCGGGCCGCCGCUGCAACCGGAGCGAGGAGCGCCCGCCCGCACCACCUGUCCCCGCCGGCAUUCCAGAGUGGAGGCCCAAUUGGCAGCGAGCCGGCUCGGCUCGGCCGCCGUCUCAGGCCGCGCGGGCCCUCCUAGGGGUGUGUCUCACGAAUUCAACUCCCGGCCGCUCCUGGACGAGCCCCGAAAGGCAUCUUCCUCCCUGGCGGGAGCCGUGCGCGCCCCGCUCUUCGCAUUGCUGCCCCGAGGCCGCCGCAGGCGGAUGCACGACCUUAGGCGACGCUGGGACCUGGGCUACCUCUGCCGGGCCCUGCUCACUCGGGGCCUGGCUGCCCUGGGCCACUCGUUGAAGCACGUGCUCGGUGCGAUCUUCUCCAAGAUCUUCGGCCCCCUGGCCAGCGUCGGGAACAUGGAUGAGAAAUCCAACAAGCUGCUGCUGGCUUUGGUGAUGCUCUUCCUCUUUGCCGUGAUCGUCCUCCAGUACGUGUGCCCCGGCACAGAAUGCCAGCUCCUCCGCCUGCAGGCGUUCAGCUCCCCGGUGCCGGACCCAUACCGGUCGGAGGAUGAGAGCUCCGCCAGGUUCGUGCCCCGCUACAAUUUCAGCCGUGGCGACCUCCUGCGCAAGGUAGACUUCGACAUCAAGGGCGAUGACCUGAUCGUGUUCUUGCACAUCCAGAAGACCGGGGGCACCACUUUCGGCCGCCACCUGGUACGCAACAUCCAGCUGGAGCAGCCGUGCGAGUGCCGCGUGGGCCAGAAGAAAUGCACUUGCCACCGGCCGGGUAAGCGGGAGACCUGGCUCUUCUCCAGGUUCUCCACGGGCUGGAGCUGCGGGCUGCACGCCGACUGGACCGAGCUAACCAGCUGCGUGCCCGCCGUAGUGGACGGUAAGCGCGACGCCAAGCUGAGACCGGCCAGGUGGAGGAUUUUUCAGAUUCUAGAUGCGGCACGUAAGGAUAGACGAGGUUCUCCAAACACUAAUCCAGACGUCAACUCUCCAUCAUCCACAAAGGCUCGGAACACAUCUAAGAGUGGGAAGAACUUCCACUACAUCACCAUCCUCCGAGACCCGGUGUCCCGCUACCUGAGCGAGUGGAGGCAUGUCCAGAGAGGGGCGACAUGGAAAGCAUCCCUGCAUGUUUGCGAUGGAAGGCCCCCAACCUCCGAGGAGCUGCCCAGUUGCUACACUGGCGAUGACUGGUCUGGCUGUCCCCUCAAAGAGUUCAUGGACUGUCCCUAUAAUCUAGCCAACAACCGCCAGGUGCGCAUGCUCUCUGACCUGACCCUAGUAGGCUGCUACAACCUGUCUGUCAUGCCUGAAAAGCAAAGAAACAAGGUCCUUCUGGAAAGUGCCAAAUCGAAUCUGAAGCACAUGGCAUUCUUCGGCCUCACUGAGUUUCAGCGGAAGACCCAGUAUCUGUUUGAGAAAACCUUCAAUAUGAACUUUAUUUCACCAUUUACCCAGUAUAAUACCACUAGGGCCUCAAGUGUAGAGAUCAAUGAGGAAAUUCAAAAGCGUAUUGAGGGCCUGAAUUUUCUGGAUAUGGAAUUGUACAGCUAUGCGAAAGACCUCUUUUUGCAAAGGUAUCAGUUUAUGAGGCAGAAGGAGCAUCAGGAGGCCAGGCGGAAGCGUCAGGAACAACGCAAAUUUCUGAAGGGAAGGUUCCUUCAGACUCAUUUCCAGAGUCAAGGUCAGGGUCAGAGCCAGAAUCAGAGUCAGAAUCCCAAUCAUCAGAAUCUGACUCAGAAUCUGCUUCAGAAUCUGACGCAGAGCUCAAGUCAGACAGAGAACCGAGAGGGUCCGAAGCAGACCCCAGGUCAAGAGCAGAGCGAUAGCAACACCAGCAAUGGCACCAAUGACUACAUAGGCAGCGUAGAGAAAUGGCGUUAAGUGGCUCAGAGAGGCUUUGCCACACUUCUCUUAAAGCGCCAGUAAGAAUAUGGCAAAUCUGCAGAGAUGAGAGUGUCCAAACACACAUCCUGCUUCCUAAAUUUGGGAAGUUCAGAAAAACUUAAGAUGUUGCCUUUACAGUUGCCUUUCACUUAAAUGCUAUACUGUGUGUGGGCAAAACAAAUCUCAGUAUGUAGUUAAAUUGCCUUUUUUUUUUGGUUUGGGGAACUAUUUAGGAAAUCCAAAAGUCAAACCAGACUCACCAGAAAUUGCUGUUUGGAUAUUUUAAGAGACUCUUAAAUUAGUUAUGGAGACAAAAUGAAAACAUAAAAAUGUGACCAUGUAACUUAUGGCUAAGAAAUGGACUUUAAAUUAUUCAUGAUACACUGUUAAAACCCAACCUUGGAAGCAAACAGUUUUUCCAGGAGUGAGUACGAACAGAACAUAAAAUAAAGGAAACACAAAACCUUUCAUUUUCUUCUGAUUUUUAACGAGGAAUCUAUUUAAAUAGAAUAACAGCCAAUGGCAAAUUUUACCAAAGUAUAAAAAAAGAAUGAAAAAUUUCUCUCCCAAACAUGGGUGGUUUUAUGUAAAAAAAGUAUUGGCUUUUCAAAUAGAACAGGACUCAUACCUUGUUGUUUAUCAAUGUUUAAGAUUUUAAACUUUUUCUACCUUCUACUAUUUAAAGGUUUUAAACAGGGUGUAUCUUAUAUGAAACAAAAUACUUUUUUUUUUUCUUCCAAAUGGAAUACCAGUGUUAAGAUCUAGUUUCCAGACACUUUCAGGGCACUGUAAUUUCAACAAUUCUGAAAUCUUUUUGGCGCUGCUUCUCAUUCAUUUUAAGGCUUCUCCAAUUUGUGCUCAUUCCAAAUUAACUCAUUUAUAGAAUCUUUCUUCAUCAUCUGAAU